UUUUUUCAAUGUGAAUCUCAAAAGUUAUAAAAUAAGUUUGUUUGUUGCUCGUUUAGCUGAUCAUUUUUGUUGUUGUUGUGGUUGUUGUAACAUUCAAAAAUGACUUCAAAAUCGAUUGAUGAUGAAGAAAAAAAACUUGAAAAUGAACUAUUCGACCAAUUCAAAGACAUAAAUCCAAAUGAUCUAAUACGUGGAAAAACACCGGAUGAUAUAAAUGAACGAUGUUUUAAACUUGUACAAAUUUAUAUGACAAAUAAUGACCAAUGGAAACGAUUAUGUAAAACAACAAAUGAUUUGAAUGUACGUCGAAUAACCGGUGGUAUGACCAAUCAACUAUAUUAUGUUGGUUUAAAAAAUGGCAUCAAUGAAAUUGAUAACGAUGCAAUAACGAUUAAAUUCUAUCAAAGUAAACAUUUUAAAAAAGAUAUUAUCAAUGGUGAUACAGAUGAUGAACGAUUAAAUGAUACAAUCAUUUCAAUCAUCAUCAGUGAACAAGGAAUAGGACCAAAAGUGUUUGGCAUAUUAUCGGAUGGUAUAAUUCAAUCAUAUCAUGAGCAUGAACAAUUUCGUCCAAAACAUCAACAUAAUGAUCGAUUGUUAAAAAAAUUAGCAUAUCUUUUAGCAAAAUUGAAUAAUUUAGAUAUUCCUAUUGCAAAGGAUAAAUUCUAUUUGAUUGAUAUUCUAACCAGUUAUAUACAUGAAGGAUAUCGACACCACGAUGUUUUAUCAUUGGCUAAAGAAUUUAAUCUUAGAUAUUUACUUGAAAAUGAUUUCCUUGCCGAAAUGGAUUGGUUUGAUUCAUUCAUUCGAUACUAUCUGGAUCAAUGUCCUAUGGUUUUCAAUCAUAAUGAUUUUCGUGGCAACAAUAUAAUGGUGUUGAAAGAUAGUGAUGAAAUACUUCUUUGUGAUUUUGAAUAUAGUUCAUAUGGAUUUCGUGGAUAUGAUUUAGCAUCAUUUCUUAUGGAAUGGGAUCGAAACUUUCUUAAUUUUGAAGAUACUAGUCUUCCAUCGGAUGAUGUUGUUGAAAAAUUUAUUCAAUUUUAUAUUGAAGGUUGGGAACAAAUUGAUCCUGGUUAUUCGACAAGAGAAGAAAAUUCAUGUCAAAAGAUAAUGAACGAAACAAAAAUCGGUUAUUUAUUUGUUCUCAUUCAUAUUAUGGGUGUAACAUUGCAUCAAAAAGAAGAAAUUAUUGCAAGUUUACAAUUUGAUCCUAAAAAAAUUUCAAUAGGAGUGAAUUUCAUGUUCAAACGAUAUUUGGAUUUUAAAAAUUUAUUAAUUGAAGAAAAAAUUAUUGAUUAUUAAUACUAAAAUGAUGAUGAGACAUGAUGAU